GUCUCGCUGGUUCAUUACUAUAUAGUUCAUUAAAUAGCGAUGAUGCUCGUGCUGGUGGCGUUGCUGUUCGCCUGUGCCAGUGGGGCGCUCAUCCCUGAGCCGGAGGUGCAGAUCCAGGUCUUGGAGAAACCAUUCAUCUGCCGGAGGAAGAGUAAGAACGGGGAUCUGUUGCUGGUCCAUGCGGAAGGAUUCCUGGAGAAGAACGGCUCGCGCUUUCAUUCAACUUACAAGGACAACAAUGGGCAACCUGUGUGGUUUACACUUGGAAUGAAAGAAGUUAUUAAAGGGUGGGAUAAAGGCCUCCAGGACAUGUGUGUUGGAGAGAAAAGAAAAUUGAUUGUGCCCUCAGCUCUCGGUUACGGAAAAGAAGGGAAAGGAAAAAUCCCUCCAGAAAGUACACUUAUUUUCCAAAUUGACCUCAUGGAAAUUAGAAAUGGACCAAGAUCUCACGAGUCAUUCCAAGAAAUGGACCUUAAUGAUGACUGGAAAUUAUCUAAAGAAGAGGUAAAGGCGUAUUUGAAAAAUGAAUUCAGUAAGCACGGAACUGAUGUCAAUGAGACCCAUCAUGAGGUUUUAGUUGAAAGCAUAUUUGAAAAAGAAGAUGAAGACAGCGAUGGAUUCAUAUCUGCUAGAGAAUUCACAUAUGUUCAUGAUGAGCUCUAAGUGUUUUUUUUAUAUUUUGGUUGGUCAGAUUCCAAGUACAGUAGAACUCAGAAGUGAUGAUUGGUACUGAAGCCUAAUAUUAAUUGUGCCCAUGAGUUACUUGAAUCAAAGUUUACAAAUUGCAUGGAUGGAAGCAAUGACUAUAUCAUCAAAGCCUUGGUUCAUGUGCUUAUGGGUUGAAUUAUUAAUUAAUGAAUUUUGCUGUAGCACGAUUACGAUUGAUAGUUUUUUAUCUUCCACAAAUGCCAAUUUAUUUAAAAAGUCUAUCACAUGACCGUGUCUUGCAGUGUAUGUCCAGCUCUGCUCACUUGUUUCAAUUACAUUUAUUUUACUAACCGUUCUUAAAAGCCAAACCAAUUAGAAGCUGACUAAUUUUUUAAUUGAUAAACAUAUAUGGGUUGAAAAAUAAAAUGUCCGCUUUCUUGUUUUAGAUUUUUUGUUUUUUUUAUAUAUCCACAAUUUGUUUAGUCCGGUUUUACAAAAUUAUUUGAAAUAAAGUAGCGAACAGUGAAAUAUA